AUGAGGUUCGCUGACGCUUUGGCUUUGGCCAUUGCUUUGUUCCCGGGUCUCUCGGUCGCCCAAGGAUAUACCAAUGAAUCUGAAGUCCCGUUAUAUGGGUUGUCGCCGCCUGUUUAUCCUAGUCCCCAGGGCAAUGGUUCGACAUCCGAAGCUUGGGCCGCAGCAUACGCUCGUGCAAGAGCCGUUGUAGCGCAAUUGACGCAGGAAGAACAAUCAAACUUGACUCACGGCGUCACGGGACGAUGUGUAGGACAGACGGGCGCAGUGCCUCGUCUUGACAUUCCUGAACUAUGCUUUGCUGAUGCUCCGGCUGGUAUUCGCGGUCAAGAGUUUGUGUCAGCGUUCCCUGCCGGCAUUCAUCUUGGAGCGACGUUCGACAAAGGGCUCAUGCUGCGGUAUGGCCAAGCUUUAGGUCGAGAAUUCAAGGGAAAGGGUAUUCACAUUGCGCUGGGCCCUUUUAUUGGGCCUAUAGGACGUGUUGUAAGAGGUGGAAGGAACUGGGAGGGUCUGGGUGCCGAUCCGUAUCUUAAUGGUGUUGGGGGCGGUCUGCUCACCAGAGGCACCCAAGAAGCAGGUGUCAUGGCGACUCCAAAGCAUUGGAUUGCUCAAGAACAGGAGUACAGACGUAGACCUGGAAGCGAAGGCGAGGCCGUUUCGUCAAACGUUGACGACCGCACGCUACAUGAGUUGUAUGCCUGGCCCUUCAUGAAUGCUCUCCGCGAAGGUGCUGUUUCCGUGAUGUGCUCUUACCAGAGGAUCAACAACUCAUAUGGCUGCCAAAACUCAGCCCUGCUGAACGGAGUAUUGAAAACUCAAUUGGGAUUCGAAGGUUUCGUGGUCUCCGAUUGGGAUGCACAACAUGCGGGUGUUGCAUCAGCAAAUGCUGGACUUGACGUAGUCAUGCCCGUGGCCAAGUUCUGGGGCAAGAAUCUUACCGACGCCGUGAACAACGGAUCAGUUACUGCUGAAAGGUUCAAUGAUAUGAACACUCGACUACUGGCAGCGUACUACUAUCUCAACCAGGAUGAGGCCGAUUUCGACACCCAAGUAUACCCAUACAAUGUGAAGCACGAGAUUGUAGACGUAACAGAGGACCAUGGCUCUUUGAUCAGGGAAAUUGGGGCUGUAGGUACCGUUCUUGUGAAGAACGUAAACAACACCCUUCCCCUGAUUAAUCCCCGCUUCUUGAACAUCUACGGCUACGACGCAGAGGUAAAGGCCUCGCCCUGGAACAACCCCUCACGUUUCGGCGGCGGCUACGAAGAAAACUUUGGCUGGAACACGUUGAACGGCACGUUGAUAACAGCAGGCGGCUCGGGUUCCAGCACACCCCAAUACGUGAUCAGCCCAUUCAAAGCGCUGCAAGACCGGUUGAUCAAGAACCGCGGAACACUUCGUUGGGAUUUCUGGGGCGUGAACCCGACUGUUUACGCAAACGCCGAAGCAUGCCUUGUGUUCAUCAACGCAUACGCAUCUGAGAGCUUUGACCGGACAUCUCUCACCGACGAAUUCAGCGACCAGCUCGUUAACAACGUGGCCACAAACUGCUCUAACACCAUUGUCGUUAUCCACUCGGCCGGCGUCCGCACUGUCGACGCAUGGUACGACCACCCCAACGUCACUGCCAUCCUAUAUGCUGGUGUCCCGGGUCAAGAAAGCGGAAACGCAAUCGCCGAUGUACUCCUUGGUGAUGUGAAUCCCAGUGGCCGGUUGCCAUACACUGUCGCUCGCUCCGAAUCUGACUACGGCGCUUUGCUCAACUCGACUUUCGAUCCUUCCAUCCCGGCCUUUUUGCAGUCAAACUUUACAGAAGGGUUGUAUAUCGACUACCGCGACUUCAACAAGCGCAACGUCACACCACUGUACGAAUUCGGCUUUGGACUAUCUUACACUACCUUUUCUUACAGCGAUUUGUCGAUUGAGUCGGUAGUGCCAGAGACUUCGCUCUCGCGCUUCCCUUCUCCCUCGGUGCCGAUCGUGCAGGGCGGCCAUCCAGAGCUAUGGGACGUGCUGUAUCAUGUCAGUGUCAAUGUCACUAACACGGGUAAAGUAGCCGGUCAUGAGGUACCGCAAUUGUAUCUUGGUGUUCCGAAUGCACCGCAGAAGCAACUGAGGGGUUUUGAACGUGUGGGCUUGUUGGGGCCAGGUGAGAGCGCUAUCGUAAAUUUCGAGCUUCAGAGACGUGAUUUGAGUAUUUGGAAUGUAGAGGCGCAGACGUGGGAGUUGCAGAGAGGACGAUAUGGAGUGUGGGUUGGCGCGAGUAGUCGUGACGUAAGGCAGGAGGGGGAGAUUGUUGUACAGUGA